GAGUGCGGAAUUUUUCUCCUAAAGUCUGUUCUAAGAGCGAGCACUUGGAGAGAGAGAGAUGGCUGUGAAACGCUUGCAACUCCUGGUUUUGUGCCUUUUGGCUACUGUGGUCGUAGCCUCUGCAUUUCCUCUUCAUUGGCCCGGACAUGGAAAUGACCACCACAAGGAUCCUCAUAAAAAAUCCGAGCAGGUGGACGACAAGAAGGACCCCGACUGCGAUAAGCCUACUCCAGCUCCAGCUCAAGAGACCCCGAAAGAGGCUCACCACGGCUGCAGCAAGGAUUCCAAGGACCCCAAGUGCAUGAAGGACGAGCAGCCGAAGCACGAAGAGAAGCCCAAAGUGGAAGAGCAGCCGAAGCACGAGGAGAAGCCCAAAGUGGAAGAGCACCCAAAGCAAGAGGAGAAGCCCAAAGUGGAAGAGCACCCAAAGCAAGAGGAGAAGCCCAAAGUUCAGGAGUACCCCAAGGAGGAGAAGAAAUGCGAUCACUGCGGCAAGGAUUCCGAGUCCAAGCCAGUGACCAAGCCCGCCGCUGACCGCUGUGGGCCCCUUGCACAUUGGCAUUCAUGUGCUCACUACGUCCAGGUCAACGUUCUCUUCAAGGGACCUCACAAGAAGUUCGCUCCCAGGCCACACUUCCACUCCCUGUGCUGCAACCAGGUCAGGUCCGAGUCCGUCGACUGUAUGUGCAAGGCUGUCAAUGCCAAGUACGCUUAUGGUCACUUCGUCGUCGACAUGGAGCGCGCCGCCAUGCUGCCCAAAUGGUGCAAGAAGGUCGUUCCCCAUGGCAGCAAGUGCAACGGCAAGGACGUGAUUGGGUACGUGCAGGAGGACAAGAACAACGGAUACGGCCAUGGCAAGCCCGGGCACUACGGCAGCCACUACUGAACCCAAGGCGUUCAGGACGGAGCGCGGUCUUUCAUAUCAGUCGACGUCACAAGCAGAAUUUAGUUUGGUCUCAGUCCUUACACUGAGAAAUUGAUCUGAUUUUGUUUUUGACAUUCACAACCCGUGACUGCAAGCAACUCAGGAGCUCGUUUCUGGAUCAGGUCCUGGUCCUAGGCCCGGUGCCUGUCUACAGCAAGUGAAGCUGUUUUCACUUGCGGGGUUAUAGGCUUCUUCUGUUAACUUACCACUUACGCUUGUUGUCAACCACGAGCGAGAUUAUUUUCUAGCUUAGCUGACAUAUUAGAUAGACGAUGAACCCAACCUUAAUUCUUUUCAGUACAUGUUCUCUCAUUCUGAGAACCAAGUGCAAAUUCUUU